CGUCAGACGCUCAGUUUGCAUUCGUGUGCGCGCUUCGGUGGUAGAUGGUUGCGGAUUUUCUGUGGAACUUUCCGUCGUGAAACAUGUUCGUGACGAUUUAUACAUCUGGCUUUGGUAUUACGGCUGGCGUUCACAGAUUAUGGUCGCAUAAGGCGUACAAAGCGAAAUGGCCCUUGCGUUUGCUUCUAGCCUUUCUCUUCACGAUAACAGGACAGAAAGAUGUGUAUACGUGGGCGUUGGAUCACAGAGUACAUCACAAAUAUAGUGAAACCGACGCGGACCCCCAUGAUGUGAGAAGAGGUUUCUUCUUCGCUCAUGUAGGGUGGCUUUUUACGACACCCCAUCCUGAUGUUGUUGCUAAACGCAAGGCAGUCGAUAUGAGCGAUCUAGAAGCGGAUUCCAUCGUCAUGUGGCAGAAAAGAUUGUAUAUACCUCUCUUUGCGCUUCUGACUAUCGGAUUACCAGUGGGGAUUCCUUGGUAUUUCUGGUCGGAAUCGCUGUGGAUAUCGUUCUGGGUCAACUUCAAUUUUCGCUUCUGCAUCAAUUUGAACAUAGCUUUUUGCGUCAACAGUGUGGCGCAUAUAUGGGGACAGAAACCCUAUGACAAGAAUAUCUCGCCAGUGGAGAACAUCGCAGUAUCAAUCGCCGCGCUUGGCGAGGGAUAUCACAAUUAUCAUCAUGUAUUUCCAUGGGAUUACAAAACUGGCGAAUUAGGCGAUUAUUCGUUUAAUAUGAGUACUGCUUUCAUCGAUGCAUUUGCGCGGAUCGGAUGGGCCUAUGAUCUAAAAUACGUCUCGCCGAAUAUGAUCUAUCGUAGGGCGCAUCGAUGUGGAGAUGGGAGUCACGUUUGGGGUUACGGUGAUAUUGAUAUCUCGAAAGAAGAUCUGGUAGAAUUGGAUAUGAUGAAUAAUCACGAACUGUGAAAAAAACUGAAAAAUUCGCAACAAAAACGUGUCAGCUUCUCUCGGAUAAAUAAAAAAAAA